UUGCUGCAACUAGAAAGCAGAAUCUCCUCCAAAAGUAGAAGUCGACACUUUAAAGGCGUGAGCAUGGAUCCGGCCUGCUGUGACUCUGCCGAGGCUCCGGCCGCCCUGGUGGUCCAGGUGUGCUUUCCUGGGGCUCGCGCGGCUGUUCUGGACAACCUGAACCGGCAGCGGGAGGAGGGCCGGCUGUGCGACCUGUCCAUCCAGGUGCAGGGCCGCGUGUUCAGGGCCCACCGCUGCGUGCUGGCCGCCUCCUCGCCCUACUUCCACGACCAGGUGCUGCUGAAGGACGUGGCGGCGGUGGCGCUGCCCUCGGUGCUGGACCCGCUGGCCUUCGAGAGCGUGCUGCGCGCGGCCUACACGGGCCGGCUGAGCGUGGUGCGGGACGAGGUGGUCCACUACGUGACGGUGGCCAGCUUCCUCCAGAUGUGGCACAUCGUGGACAAGUGCACCGAGAUCCUGAAGAAGCCCCGCCCCCCGCCGCCGGGCCCCGCCCCCCGCCAGCCCUCCCCCAGCAGCACCGACAGCCCCGAGCGGGGGGGCAGGAGGCGGGACCGGAGGACACACGCCCUGCCGCCGCUCGCCACGUGGCGCCGGCCACAACAGCCGGCGCGCUGGGGGCGCCAUCGGGCCUCGCCGGCCCCCCAGGACCCGGCCGACUCGCAGCUGGACGGCCCCCCCAGCUACCAGUACGGCUGUGGGGAGGCCUGGGCGGCGCCGGAGGGGGCGGGGCCUAGUGGCGGCGGCGGGGAGGCCGUGAAGCAGAGAGCCCGGUUCCAGCAGAGAACUGGACCCACCGAGACCGAAGCCGAUGAAGGAGUCGGGGACCAGGAGGCGACCAGGAGGGGGGGCCUGGCCCACCCGGCCCGAUCCGCAGCUCUGGCCCCGGCUCCAUCAGACGAGGAGGUGAUGAAGCAGAGGGCUCAGAGGGGGGAGGCCGGGGGGGGCGGCUACCCGGGCCCGUCGGGUCUGGCCUCGGCCCGGUUCCAGUGGCAGGCGGGCUCCUGGACCCAGCAGGAUCUGGCAGCCCAGGACACAGCGGGGGCCCCCGGCUGGAAGGAGGAAGAGGAGGAGGAGGAAGACGAGGAAGAGGACGUCUUUGAGUGUUUCUCAUUUGAAGCCGAUGGGCCAGAACCCCCCUGGUCCCCCAGAGGGGUCCAGGGGGGCUGUGGGGGGGUCCAGGGGGGUUCUGGAGGGACCCAGGGGGGCUGUGGAGGAGUUCAAGGGGGGUGUAGGACUCCCAGCUCUAGUGUGACCCAGGGGGGCUGUGGAGGGGCUAUGGGCAGCUCUGGGGGGGUCCAAGGGGGUUCUGGAGGGGCCCAGGGGGGCUGUGGAGGGGUUCAAGGGGGUUCUGGAGGGGCUCCGGGGGGCUGUGGGGCCCAGGGAGUUUCUGGAGGGAACCAAGGUGUUUCUGGAGGGAACCAGGGGGGCUGUGGAGGGGUUCAAGGGGGCUGUGGAGGGGUUCAAGGAGGCUGUGGGGCCCACAGGGUUUCUGGAGGGACCCAGGGGGUUUCUGGAGGGAACCAGGGGGGGUGUGGGGGGACCCAGGGGGGUUCUGGAGGCUCCCCAGAGGGCUGUGGGGCUCCUUCCUCCAGCCGCCAGCCCUCCCCCCCAUCCUGCCCCUCGCCGCCCACGCCGUCCUCCUCGUCCUGGGCGUCGCCGGCGCCCCCCCCGGGGAAGCUGCACCGGUGCCACUGCGGCAAGGCCUACGCGCUGAAGAGCAUGCGCGACCGCCACGUGAAGAUGGCGCACCUGAACCUGCGGCCCUUCGGCUGCCCCGUCUGCUCCAAGUCCUUCAAGAUGAAGCACCACCUGACCAAGCACCUGCGCACGCACGGCGGCCUGCGGCCCUACGAGUGCAGCCUGUGUGGGAAGAAGGUGGUCUGGAGGGACAGCUUCCUGAGGCACCAGGCCAGAUGUCAGCGGUUGGCCGGCGCCGCCAAGGCCACCGCCGCCCCCCCGCCGCAGGACGGCUACGGCUACGGCUUCCCCCAGGGGGGGGCCUUCCCCCCGGCCGGGCAGGUGAAGGUGGAGGAGGUGGACUUCCACAGGGAGAUGGGCGGGCUGCUGGACAGCGUCUCUGGGAUGGUGGAGGACUCGCACAGUCUGGACGCCGGCGGCCAUGUUUUCAAAGAGGAGGCCUCAGAGAGCUUUGGCGGAAGCUAG